UCCUCCCUGGUUGUAGCAGGAAAGUUCAAGGUGUCCUGGCAGCAGGAAGCUCCCUUGCUCCACCCUCUGCCCAGCACCGCGGCUCCCUGAGCUCAUCGAGGAUUUGCUGCACCAGAUCUGCCAGCGACAGCGACCUGUUCUGUGUGGUCACUGGGGUGGGAGCAGGACCCUCGACAUGAAGCACCUCUCCCGUGAGCCCUGGGCAGCCCUCGCUGUGCUCUUCCUCACCGCUGCGCUCUGGGAUUCCUGCUCAGCAGCAGCUGAAGGCACCUCCAAUGUUUCAACAACUGAGUACGAACCAGCGUGUCUUCACGUGAACUUCUGCAGGCAAGCGGCCACGUGCUGCCCUUCGGGCAUGGACGACUACGGGUGGAUCGCAGCGGCCGUCGGCUGGAGCCUCUGGUUUCUGACCCUCAUCCUGCUCUGCAUGGACAAGAUCACGAAACUCCGGCCUGAUGAGCCCAAAUACUUGGUGGCCUGAAGCAGAGAGAGCCAGCAAGCAGCAGCACCGGGGAGCAGUGAGGUGCAGGCAGACUGACAAAGCAUUUCUAACACCUGCUAAGAAACACAAAAAGAAAGGGAACACACCUGCAGCCAAAAAAAGCCAGAUCUAAGCAGAGCAGCUGCCAAGGCUUCACCCUCUCUGGCAGGCUGGAGCUGCCAGCCAAGGUGUGGGGUAGGCAAGUCCCUGCAAGCCACCAUAUAUGUGCCACAGUGCAAAACCGCCCACUUUUCCCUGAGCCCUCUCGUGCUUGCUGUGAGCACAGCAGGAGGAGAGGCUGAGGGACCAGCUACCAGCCUAUAGCACAUUGCCUCAACGUGCACAAAGGUGCAUGACACACCUUCGGCUCUGACACAGAAAGUGGGCACACCAAGCUAUUUUCUGGAGCAUCAACAUUACCAGAGCCAUUACUAAGCUAUAGGCCAGGUUACAUCAGUAACUGGAGGUAAUUCACUGACUUUACCAAGUCCUCCUCACUCACUAACCUGAGAUAUUUAAAAGUCUAUUAACUGAUACAUGGGAAAACUUUCUUAUGGAAACUUAGGGAUUGUUUGGGCUGGUUUGAAAGUACAACUAAUUUUUCCAGAGCCAUUUAGAUGUGUUGCAGGAAUUGAAUGUUGGUUGUACUUACUCAGCUUCCACCUGCCUGAGAAACUAAGCCAAGCUGAACUGUGGAAAGCAGGUUUAAACCAGCAUAUCUGAUGCAUGCACAAAACUGUUCCUAUUUAUACAAGAUGAUAAUAAAUACUCCUAUUGAUUGAAA